AAGCAAUUCCGCCCGAUUGCGUAAACUGCAGGGAGCAAAAAAGGCAGAAAUAGAGAAGUAGGAGCAGAAAUGCACUGCAGGACGUCCCGACUGCAUCGUCUAGCUUUGCUCGGGUUAUCUGCUCGUUGCAUCAGGCAGCUGUCAGACUGAAACGAAGAACCAUGGUACAAGCUAAGGCGUGGAUCCUUCGCCAUCAGUUUGUGGGCUUCCCCAAAGCUAGCGACUUCGAGAUGAAGCUGGAGGAGCUCCCAGACCCAAAAGACGGAGAAAUGAUCCUGGAAGCAUUAUACCUGAGCGUGGACCCUUACAUGAGGGCUUACAGCAGAGCGAGGAUGAAGGAGGGUGAUGUGAUGAUUGGAAGACAAGUAGCAAAGGUCAUCGUCAGCAAGAACCCCGCUUUCUCUGUAGGAUCCUACGUGGUAGCAAAUUGCGGCUGGCGGUCGUUUGUGCUCUCGGAUGGGACGGAACUUACACCCAUUGUGUCAGACUGGCCAAAAGACAUCCCCUUGUCCUUCGCCCUGGGGGCCAUUGGCAUGCCUGGGCUGACGGCCCUCUAUGGACUGGAGGAGAUAUGCCAGCUGAAGGCAGGAGAGACACUCUUGGUCAAUGCUGCUGCUGGGGCUGUUGGCUCUGUGGUUGGCCAAAUUGGCAAGAUCAAAGGCUGCAGGGUCGUGGGCUGUGCUGGUUCAGACGCUAAGGUGGCAUACCUGAAAGAGCUUGGGUUUGACCAGGCCUUCAACUACAAGACUGUUGGUUCACUGGAGGAAGCUCUGAGGGAGGCAUCAGCCGAAGGAUACGACUGCUACUUUGAGAAUGUAGGAGGGGAAUUCUCGAGUGCUGUAAUGCCCCAAAUGAAGCCCUUUGGCAGAAUUGCUGUGUGUGGCAGUAUCUCCUUGUACAAUGACACAGUACCCCAGACUGGGCCAUACAUUCAUGCCCACAUGAUCUUCAAACAGCUGAAGAUGGAAGGAUUUCUUUGCCACAGAUGGUCUUAUAAGAAUGAGGAAUCCUUACGCAGGCUGUUGGCCUGGGUGACAGAGGGGAAGCUACGAUGCCAGGAGCAUAUCACCCAGGGGUUUGAGAACAUGCCAGCAGCCUUCAUGGGGAUGCUGCAAGGUGACAACAUUGGGAAGGCCGUUGUUCAGGUGUAAAAGUGAUACAAAAUGCCUAUGUACACUCUGGGAUUUUCUAUUCAUUCAUAUAUUCAGGGCAAACGACACUGUAUAGCAGUGUUUGCCGGCCCAGUCCUCAGGGACUCUGACAGUCCAAAUUUUUGCUCCCUACCAGCUCCCUGGGGUUGCGGAACACUGCUUUACAGCUCUAUGGGCAGCGGUGGCUUGAUGGUUAAGGACGUGCACUUGUGAUUGAAAGAUUGCAGGUUCAAAUCCCCGACCAGCAAGGCACCACUGAGGUACCCUGAGCAAGGUACCGCCCCCAAGCACUGCUCCCCGGGCGCUG